CUAUCAGGAUGUCUCUUGAAUAAAGUGGUCUGUGAGUAAACAUGUUUCGAUCGAGAAUGUAACUGGAGUACAGUUGUCAUCGAGUAAAGUUGUCGCUGAAUGGAGAUGUCACCUUACGUUAGGAGUAAAGAAGUUUUGAGCAAACCUGUUACAGAAGACGCUAAUGUGUUCGAAGUAUAAAUAAAGCUUUGUGAUGUUGGAGACAAUGGAGGGUAUAUCGAAAUCUUUAUAUGACCCAAAAGAAUUUUAUGCAGAUUCAGCUAAGUAUUGGAAUAAUGUUCCUGCAACUCUAAAUGGAAUGUUAGGUGGCUUUGGAUUUAUAUCUCGUAUCGACAUCGAUGGAUCUGAUGGCUUUUUGAGUUCUUUAUUUGAACUUGAAAAUCCACCAAAUAAAACUUACGCAUUGGAUUGUGGCAGCGGUAUAGGAAGAAUCACAAAAAAAUUACUCAUUAAACAUUUUAAAUUAGUGGAUUUAGUUGAACAAAAUAGCAAAUUUUUAGAUACUGCAAAAAAACUUUUGCAGUCAUCGAAUGUUGGUCAAUUUUAUUCCUUUGGAUUACAAAAUUUUUGUCCUGAAUCAAAGAAGUACGAUGUUAUUUGGUGUCAAUGGGUUUUAGGAUAUCUUCAAGAUGAAGAUUUAAUAGAAUUUUUAAAAAAGUGCAGCAACGCACUGAAAACUAAUGGAAUGAUAAUUGUAAAAGAAAAUGUAACAAGUUCUAAUAAAAUUGAAGUCGAUGUUCAAGAUUCUUCUUUUACUAGGCCAUAUGACAAUCUGAAAAAAGUAUUUCAAUCUGCCAAUUUGAUUUGCAUUAAAGAACAAGAACAACUCCAUUUGCCUCAAGGUUUAUAUCCUGUACAUAUGUUUGCGCUAAGACCUGGAAAAUAA